AUGAGACCGUCUCCCACCUCAUCCCGACAUGCGGACGUCCUUUCCGUCCUGCGCCACCGAUUACUUCGGGUUACGACUGGCCUGAUCCUGAUCUGGCUUAUCGCGGUCUGGUGGGGCGAGCGAGGCAUCUACAAAAGCGCUGUCGCGCACUGUGCAUGGGAGAACUGGGAGCAGUGGACGACCCAAGCACAACCGCACCAUGUGCUCUUAAUAGCAGACCCUCAGCUCGUCGAUCCACACACUUAUCCAGGGAGACCAUGGCCGCUGGAUCGCUUGACGACUCUAUACACGGACCUGUACCUCAGACGGGCCUACUAUAACCUUCAGCAUGCUCUCCAGCCGGAUUCAACCCUCUUCUUGGGCGACCUGUUCGAUGGCGGCAGAGAAUGGGGCACGGGAGGGUACAAGUCGCCAGAAGAUCGUUACAAAGACUAUGGUCCAAGAUUUUGGCUGAAGGAGUACCAGCGCUUCAGCAAUCUCUUCCUUCGCGAUUGGUUCCAGGGGCCCAUUGCCUCUCGCUCGGCACCCUAUGGCAGACAUCUCAUCGCGUCCGUUCCAGGCAACCACGAUCUGGGAUUUGGCAGUGGCAUCAGUCCACAGGUCAAGUCCCGCUUCGAUGCUUACUUCGGGCCUCUGAACCGCGUAGAUCUGCUCGGCAACCACUCCUUUGUGUCCCUCGACACUGUUUCCCUCAGCGCCAUGGAUGAGGUCGACCCCAAAACAGGCGCCCAUGGCGGCGACGCGUCGUCGGCUGCGGCCACCGCAAGUAGUCACCUCUGGCGUCCGGUCGAGGACUUCCUUGCUGCCGCCAAAACCCUACGCCACAAAGCUGUGCAGCGAGAGUGGCAUAGGCUCAGUGGCGCGGGCAUUCGGCGCCUCCAUCAGCCUGGAAUUGGGUCCCUCAAGGACGAAACAUUACCUGCAGAAAAAAGUCCGGCUGGACGAGUGCCUUCAAGCCAGUUUCCUUCCAUAAUCCUCUCCCACGUGCCGCUGUUUCGCCCUGCCGAUACACCGUGCGGCCCCCUGCGCGAGGGCCGCCCGUCUAUUCCUUUGUCCGCCGGCUACCAGUAUCAAAACGUGCUCACGCCCCUCAUCUCGUCGGACAUAAUCAAGCAUCUCGUCCCAGAAGAGAUAGUGGGCAUCUACUCAGGCGACGAUCACGACUACUGCGAGAUCUCGCACAGCGAAUACACUGGCGCGAUCAAAGAGAUCACCGUAAAGUCCAUGUCAUGGGCGAUGGGCAUCAGGAAGCCCGGCGUGCAAUUGUUGAGCCUGUGGAACCCUGUCGACCUGGAGCGGAUUCAGCAACAGGCGCACAACGGCGAUAGCCAGGGCCUGCCCACACCAAAAGAUACUGUGCAGAACCAACUGUGCCUCCUUCCCAACCAGCUGAGCAUCUUUCUAAGGUACGCGCAGCUGUUCGGCUUCACACUCCUCAUUCUGGGCAUCAACACCUUGCGCACCUCUUCCCCGCCAGAACCACCGCUCUCGAAAUCCGAGCCCUUACUCCCCCUCUCGCACCCCACCCCCAGCGAAGAAGACAUCAGCAAACCGCGCAGCCGCACCUCCUCCAUCCACCCCCACAACAGCGCAGCAGCCGCCGAGACCUCUUCCCGCAAGCUGGCUGGCUACGGCAACCUCCCACCCGCCUCGCGCUCCGCCUCGCCCGCCUUGCCAAUCGAACACGCCACGGAGGCCGCCGAUCCGGACGUAGGCGCCGACCCAUUCGCUCCUGCGCCUCACACGCUCGUCGCGAACGUCGAGGCCGACGACUGGGGAAUGCCGAAGCUCCGUCGACGGUCCCCGCUGCCGCCGCGAGGGAGGCUGGAGCGCUUCGCGUACAGCUUGUGGGAUGUGGCGUGGCCGGCGCUGCUGUGCUACGGGUGGUUUAUGUGGGUGGAUCGGGCGCGUUGA